AUGGCCCAGCUCACUUUUGGCCAGUGCAUCCAUUGGUCCUUUGAAGGCCAUGACUUUCGAGCUCGCCCUGAGGGGCGGGUGAAUCUCCCUGAGGACGACAUCGCUCGGCUUUGUGAUCCGUAUCUUCAUGUUGCAGCCGGCUCCUUGGGACAGAGUGUCCCGCGGAAGCCGCAUGUGUUGGCACUCUUCCGCCGGAACGUGCUACAAGCCCUCUGGGCAGAUGCCAUGAUUGCAGUGAUCUGGGAAGACUUGGAAGCAUCAUACCCUUUGCGAAUGGGCGGUGGGACCAAGUGGGCUGCACAGGUUUAUGUGGAUCGCUUUCAGCCCAUCGGUGUUGAAGCUGCUGAGUCUUGUCACUUGUAUCUCUAUGAAGUGAACUCUGCGGUUUGGAAACGUUGGGACUGCCUGGCACAAGCUUGGACGCCUGCAUCACCACCCAUCCUUUCCCGCACCAUGAGCUUUGCGGGCAUUGGAACCCGCACGCCUCCACAGCAUGCCAUCGAUGCCAUCCACAGCUUGUUCAAAGACCUCAGUGGCCACCUCAGCGACUCCGCACCUGAUCCACACCUGGACGAACCCAAAGAGAGCAACUGCUCGGGCGAGUCCCAUGGUCCAAGCGCCCUGCAUGUCCCAAGCGCGCUGUGUGCGUCUGGCCGGCGCUGGAGGCGACGUGCUCAGCGAGCGACCGAACGCGAGGUGGCCAAGCCAUCUCUGGCUCGCCGCUCGCUGUUCGCUGGAUUGCUUGCCUCUCCAGCGACUGCGCAAGCCUUGAUGCCAGAGGCAACUCCAGGCCCUACCGGUACCGGCUUCGUUUGGGACGACAGCCAUGCUGCUGGGCCAAGACGACAGCUCACGGGUGGAGUCAAGUCACAACGACAGGUCGUGACGAACUUUCACGUGGUGAGUGAGCUCAGCAAUCCCCAUGUGACCUUCUUGCGCAAGAAUGCGGUGCCAAGCUUUGUGCAGGGCGAGAAUGGCGCAGAUGAACAUGCGGAGGCGCCUCUGCCCAGCGACGAGUGCGAGGCCCUUGGUAGUUUGAACUGCAGCCUAUCUUUGCGACAGCUCAGGGCCAGUGCCCCAAGUUGCGUAGCCCUUGGAUGUCAUGGCAGCUAUGUGAGAGGACGAUCCUGUCAGUGUACUGCUCAAUGUGAUCGCCACGGGAAUUGCUGCCCAGACUACAAGCAGUAUUGUUUGAUGGCAGACAUCCCGCCUGAGACUGAGCUCCAGCUGCAGAAAGUGGAUGCCUUCUUGGAGGAGCAACCACGCCAGAGCUUUCUGAGGCAUGGUGGACUUUUACAGACCUUUGGUUCUUCUCUGGGUGGUGGCAACUGUGGUGACUUGUGCACCUUGCCCGAGCACUGUCCGGAGUUUGGUAGCUCCAAGCGCUGCCGCUUUGAUGUCUAUGACAAUGCAGUGGCAGCGAUUUACUUGACAAAGCGUGGAAAGAUUGAAUCUGCUCGAAAGAUCCUUGAUGCAUUUCUCCACUUGUUGUACCCGCCUCUGAAGAUUCCACACGUCACUUUUGGACGCCGUGAUGGGCUUCCAUCAGGCAGAUGGUUAACCCUCAUUGGCUCGUCAUACACCGACUCCGAGGUGAAGCCCGGAAUCUAUUGGGGCAAAAACGUGGUGGAUGGCGGAGUCGACACAGGCAACAACGCUUGGGUUGGUCUUGCACUGGCACAGUUUGCGGCCGAGACCGGCGAAUCUUGCUAUUUGGUCGCUGCGCAAGACAUCCUGACGGCCCUUAAGAAGGGGGCUGAUUGCGAUGACAAGCUUUUGGGCUAUAUGGCCAAGCUCAGGCCAUAUCCAGCCAACUACCGCUCCACAGAGCACAAUAUCGACGUUUUUGCCCUCGCCAAGAUCUUGGGAGACGAGGAUGCCAUGAACCGUGCGAGAGUCUUCGUCCAAGAGAUGUUUGGCCACAAUGAGAGGUAUCCCAAGAGCUUUGCCAUGGGCACCGAUGGGGCGGUUCCCUGCGACACCAGCACCAUGAAGACCGCCAUCCCAGCGGAUGCGCAGUUUUGGGCUUUGCUGGCCGGCGUUGAGAACACCAAGGAACGCCAGGUCUCCGCCCUGGAAGACUCCUUGCAAUCUGUGGAGGAUGGGGGCAUGCUCACCACUGAUGAGGACCUCAUCGGCAGGGCGAACCGCUCGGCGGGACGCGUGCGUGGCUUGCGCUUCACCAACUGGGGCAACGGCGCUCAGUGGGAGAACACCGCUUCAGCCAUGAUGGCGAUGUCCAUGUUCCAGCAAAAGUAUGGCGUGGAUGCGCUACAGGGCGUUGAGUUGGAGGAUGAGAUCAAAGGCAUCCGCCGGUCCAUGCUGAGGAUUCUCGACACGUACGGCUCGAUUCCAGCUUCUAUCUUGGGUGGCAACAAGCAGGCCUGGAAGAAGAACGAGCACGCCAGGGAAUUCCCGGGCGGAUCAGAUACAGGUCCGCGCACAGGGUUCUUGCAACGUCCGACGUUUCUCGCAAGAUGUUGGUAGUUUAUGAAAUGUAUGAAACUUGACCGCUUGGCAAAGGUUGUUUACGUUGUACAAGCUUUGAUGCUUCAUAAACUGUGCCUCAAGAAUCUACAAUCUGCUUGAUUGCAGUUGAUUGGUAGACAGUGUUUGGUGUUUCUUCCCCAAUGGCGUUGUUGAUGCUGGUGUGGCUGUCUACGCGUGUCUACGCAGUGUGUGAAGUCGUACCGUUGCAUGAAUGCUUGCGGAACGCCUCCAGAUCCGACGACUCGGACUCGUCGGUGAUGCAACUGCAUCGCCCGGUGCGUCGGUGGCUGAAGGAUCCAGACACAUCGGCAGAGGACUUGGCCUCGAAUGUGACAGAGCUGAAGCAGCAGUUGCAGAUCCUACGGUCUAUGCGGUCGUUCACGCUGACGGACGUGGGUAGCAGAGUGAACAAAGUCAAUGAUGUGGAGGAAGUCAAAGAGAGGAUUUCCUCUCUCCUGCCCUCAUUGAUCCGAACCAUCUCUCCACUCACGGCAGCAAAGCUGGGCAUUGCGAUCAGGUCCGAUGAUCUUGAGGUGCUUGGAGGACAAGAGCUGGAUUUUUCUCUCAGACGAAGAGUCAAAAAGCCAAAGAGAAAACCAGUGGCGAAGGGCUUGCCAUGGACAAAGGGACUUGUGCCUUUUUGCUUCGAUUCCAACGUCCCGAGCAACUGGAAAAUUUUGGUUGUGGAGGCGAUGCAUGAGUGGCAAAAGGCUGUUGCCUGCCUGGAUUUCCAACAAGUGGAUGCCGAUGAUGUCAGGGGUGGCUGCCAAGUCGGUCACUUUGGUUACCGAGGCAUUCGAAUCUUAAUGUCCAAUGGAAAUUUCGGCUUUAUUGGCCAGCCCAAGUCCUCUUUCAAGCAACCUGAGUUGCAUAUCUUCGAGAAUGCGAGCAUUUUACUGUAUCUUGGGAUUGUCAUUCAUGAACUUGGCCACAGUCUUGGAGUGUCACAUGAGCAUCAACGGAAAGAUCGCGACGACUAUGUGAAGGUCUUUACAAAGCGCAUCAGGGAAGACGAAUUGCGCUUCUACGAGAUCAAUGAAGAGGUUGGCAGGACCUUCCCCUACGACAUUCUUUCAAUCAUGCACUACGCCAGCACUCAUCCUACUGCGUCCUUGAAGAAAGGGGCCGAGCUCAUCAGAGCUAAGGACGAGGCGUGUGACUUCUACAUGAAACUGGACGCCUCCAUUACAUGCAGCCAGAUCAAGAAUGCAAUGGGACAAAGGUUUGGAAUUACUCAGCUUCAAGCAAACCGAGUAGCAAAACACUACCAGUCGGAGAACCCUUUGUGCAAAAGUAGCUAUGACUUUGAGAUAUCACCAACUGCUCAACUUGGCAAUACCCACUAUCCUCUCCGGCGUUGGCUCCCUCGCAGCACAGCCCCAUUCAACACUGCUUCAAGGCAAGAAUAUUCCCGGUACAAUUUUUCAAUGUAUGGAACGGGGGGGUGCAUUGAGCCAAAUGGAGACUGGUCUGUUUGGAAAGGCGAUACCGGUGGGCGUCUGAAGUUUGGGUCUUCUGGCCACCUCGCCUUCCAUCCUGCGGUCCAGCAAAAACCGGGCAAGGCAGUGUCAUGGACCAGCCGGACAUGUGGUGGUCGUCGUCGGCGUCGCAGAAGUUGCGACAGUGGGACAUCGUUUUGUUUCCAGGAUGACGGCAACCUUGUGGUCUAUCGUGGAGGACGGGCUUUAUGGACAACAGAUACCUACGGUUCGCGCCGUGCAGAUUCAAUCGCGGUUUACGACCGUCACUGGUCUGUCCUACAAGAAGGUUAUCGAAACGACAAUGACUUUGUCUAUUGGUAUGCCUAUUCAUUGGGGAGCUACCCUCCUGAGGCCCCACCUUCCAUGGAGAUACACUACUUCUCUGGGUGUGUGAGGGAUGUGGUUUGGCAGCGCCCUGAUUUGGUGGGCACACGGCUCCAGUUCUUGAACGGAAACCUUGAGCUCGUUUGCCAAAGGAAGAGAAGAAAAGGCAGCGACAACCUGAGAUCAAAGAAGAUUUGGGAGUCCGGAACUAACGAGAACCUUCUAGAUUCAAGCAACCAUUGCCUGCGUUGGAGAAGGGGUGGAAGUGGUGACGGAGAUUUGAUCAUCUACAGGAAUUACAAUAGUGACCUUGAUCGUGGAGAAGUCUUGUGGCGCUCGAGCAAUCAUGAGCAGUUCGGUGGCAGCUCGAAGAUCGUCAUUUUUGCAGCAGAGUGGACCCUUUUCGACAAAGAUGGUCUUGCGAUCGCCACCUUCCCCCCAGGCACCAACCACAUGACGCUUGACGUUGACACUUUCAGCCAAACACAAGGUCCCUUGCUGAAUGAGCCAGCAUGCCAGUAAUUCGACCAAUUCGACCAACGCACAAAGCGUGGUCUUGUUUUCAAUUACAGUUUGUUGACUGCGUGGGCCUCUGUAUUUGGCACCCUGCACAGGUACAGAGUUCCAUGCAGUUUACAGUUGCUCAGUGCUUUCCAGAAAACACCUGUGUCAGCCGUGUCAGCAGAGUGAGC